CGCGAUGGUCGAGAGCGCGCUGGCUGCCUUUUACAGCAGAUCCCAACGCUCACCAGAGGAGAUGCUCGGGAUUCUCCUGACGCAUCAUGACGACGCCUUCAUGGAGUGGCUCAUCGAGCAAAGCCCCGAGGGGAGCGCCACGCGCCACCUGCUCGGGGGGUUGACGGGGUGGAACCGCUCGCUCUACAAGCGGGUGUUGACGUUGAGCCGCGUCUACCUCGAGGAGGACAAACAGAGCGCCUAUGAUCGCAUCUAUCACAUGAGUCAUGGGGAGCUCUUCGGGCUGGUGGAUCGUUUGCGCGUGGCGCUCUCUUCUGCGCUGGGCCACCCGCUUCACCCAGCCUCGCUGAUCUUCGAUACGCCGCCGAGAGACAAGGACAAGCUCGAGAGCAUCGAGUUGAUUUAUCCAAACGCCAGAGGGCAGCGACACUACCCGCUCCAUCAGCUCUCGCGCAUCGUCUCCGGUGUCCAACACGACUUCAUCCGCAACCCGCGAUCGCUCGACGCAUCAAAGCCUUGCCCGAAGCCGAAGACAUCAUCAUGGGAGAGAUCCUUGCUUCCUGACCAAGACAACAACCUCGCGUCGCUCCACCCGCUCCUGUCGCUGCUCGUCGGCGUCAUCCUGCUGACCUCUCUCGCGGGGUGCCGCACGGGCGCCUCGCCCGCUGGCGAGUGCAAGCCAGCGACCGCGGUCGCUGCCCAUGACGCCUCGGGCGAAAUCGAGGACGCGACCUUUGUCGCAAAGACCGCGGCCAAGGACGCGACCACGGAGAGUUCGGGCGCGGCGCCCACGCGAUACGAGGAGAUCAAGCGCGAGGCGAUCACGUUCGAAUCGCGCGGCGCCACGUUAAAGGGGACGCUGACGCUUCCUGUGGCGGCCUCGAGCGAGCGCUUCCCCGCGGUGGUGAUCCUCCAUGACUUUGGCCCGAUCGGGCAGGAUGGGCUGCGAGCGGCGUCGAUGGGCGUGGAGUUGCCCGUCGAGGUCCCCGUCUACGAGCUGCUCGCCGAAGAGCUCGCGCGAAGCGGCGUGGCGGUUCUCCGGUAUGACAAGCGCACCUGCGUCAAGAACGCCGCGCCGCGCUGUGAUUACCCGAGAGGUCACCUCGAGAGCGCGCGCGACGACCUGGCCGGGGCGCUCGUGGAUGACGCCAGGGCCGCGCUCAAGGUCGCGCGCGAUCAUGCGCGCGUCGACCCGAGGCGCGUCAGCUUGCUUGGCCAUGGACAGGGCGCGACGAUCGCGCUGGCGCUGCGACGUGAAGGGGGGCCCGAGUCGGUGAUUUUGCUCGCGCCGAGCGUGCAACCGAUCGACGCGCUGAUUCUGCACCAGACGAUGACCUCGCUCGCGCUAACGAGGGUGCGACGCGAGGAGGAAGGAGACACCGCGGUGGGCGAUCUGCUCGACAAGCAGAUCGCCACGCUCGAAGCGGACUUGAUCGAGCAACGCGAAGCGUUCGAGAAGGUGCGAGGCGGAAAGGUGGCUCCCAGCGAGCAGAUCUUCGGGAUGCCCGCGUCGACCUGGAGCGGCUUCUUCUCGCUCCAUGACAAGGCGCUCGAGGAUCUCGGCGCGCCUCACCCCAAGGGAGGAACGCUCGCGGUGUUUGGUGGGCUCGACCUCUCGCUGCCACCCGAUGAGCCCAGGAAGAUGGAGGGCAUCCUCGGCGAGCGCACGGCGAAGUCUCGCGUGGAAAUUCUCGAUGAUGUCACUCAUGACAUGGUGUUCGUCUCUCGCGAUACGAAUGAAGCGCCGAGUUUGGACGAGCGACUCCCCGAUCUUAUCGCCGGAUUCCUGCGCGCGGCGAAGUAA